CAACCGACCUCCGUUCCCCCCAGUACUCCUUCCCGCCAAUUUCGAAGUAGUAGGAAGGUAGUCAGCUAUCUUAUAUACUCUCUCUCUUUUCUGGUCAAUUUGAUGAAAUUUCCCCACUUUCUUCUAUUCUUGCUGUUUGUAAGAAAGCUUUAGGGUCGUUGCGAAGAUGCUGGGAGAGUGUAUGCCGCAAAAUCCGUCGAGGAUGGGCGACAGCAAGGCCGAGAAGGUUGCCGAUGGUCGUAGCCAGGACAAAAACAUCCUGUCCAGCCCACCCAGUAGUAAGAAGUUGAAACAAGCUCGUCUUCCGUUCAAGGUGGUAUCUCCACUUAAUGGACCAAUGUCUCCAAACACCCCAAACACAAAGAAGAGGAAGCACAGCAAUGAAGAAGUAGCUUCUCCCAAAACUCCCAAGUUGUCAUCAAUCCACUCUCCCUGCAAGUCUGCAGAGAAAGUCAGCAACCAACAGCUGAAGGAAAAGGAAAAGUCCAAGGCCUCAGUUGUAGAAAAUGCUGCUAAGUCUGUUCACGAAGGGGAGAACGAAGUCAGCUCAAGUUCAGAGAUGUUUCCAGCUCCAAAGUCGCCGGCAAUCAAGGCCACCUCUAAGAACGAAAAGGCCAAGACUAUUGACAGUUUCUUGCAGACUACUCAGCAGCCGCUGGUAUCAACAUCAAACGAAGAUGAGGCGAUGAUGAUCGAUCUGGCCAUGACAGACAGUGAUCCUGAGGAGGAGAUGGCAGGUAAACAAGCUUCUCCCGUCCGUACACCUCAGGUGCAGGAAGCUGUUGAGGCAGAGAGGUGUAGCCCUUCUGUUGCUUCAAGUCUGCAGAAGAACGAGGGCCAGUCGGACGUUCAGGAGUCAGACACCAUCAGCAUGGCCAUUGAGUCCGUCAUACAGAGCUCAACAGUUAGCUCAGUCAAGGUGACAAAGACCCAGCCUGAGGAGGAAGCUGUGGCCAGCAAGAACGACCAGUCUCCGGACAGUUCUAACAAGGCUGUGUCCAGUACUCAGGCUACCACCUCACCUCCCACACACAAGGAAAGUAGCCCCGUGUCGAAAUCCAUUCUAGACAUGUUCAGGUAUGCUGAGGACAGGAAAGCUGAAAGAAACAAGGACAUGCCAGUAGAUCAAGAAACGAUGCCUCAGCACACGUCAAAGGACGAAGUUGUAAAAGUCACCAGCCCUGUGCAUGGUAAACCUGAAGGAUGUACCAGUGAGAGCAGCCCCGUCAAAGCAGAAGUUGAAGCCUCAAAAGACAAGAUAACAUCACCUCCGACUCCAUCCUUUACUUCACCAAAGGGACCAUCUACCAAGCCAAGAGUCAAGACUCCCAAGCAGCUGGCCAGGGAAGCAGAGCAGCAGAAGAAAAGGGAAGAAAAGGAGAGAGAGAAGCAAGAAAAGCAGAGGAUAAAGGAUGAAGAGCGGGCUGAGAAGGAGCGACUUCGCUCUGAAGCCAAGCGACAGAAAGAGCUGGAGAAGGAGGAGAUGAGGAAAAAGAAGGAAGAGGAGAAGAGGCAGAAGGAGUUAGAGAAGCAGAAACAGAAGGAGGCAGAAGAAAAAGAACGACAGGAGAAACUCAGGAUAAGAGAAGAAGAAAGAAAAAAGAAACAGGAGGCCAUUGAGGCGAAGCUAGAAGAGAAGAAGAAGAAAGAAGAGGAAAAACAGAAGCAAGAGGAGGAAAAGAAGAAGGUGGAAGAAGAAAAGGCACGUAAGCAACAGAAAGUCAAAGCUGCUUUCCAGAGCUUCUUUGUUAAGCCCAAGGUAGACCCAGCUGAAACGAAGGAGGAGCAGCAGCCUGUGGGGGCUUUCAUGCCGUUUGAAGUAAAGAAGGACAUGAAGCUGGCGCCGUGUGUUCGUGUGGAGAAUCUCGAUCUCACCAGGGUGGACCAGGGGCUGCAGAAACAGAGUUGCACUGAGUUGUAUUUGGCUGAGUUGAAGAAACACCAUGUCCCCAAGACUGCUGGCAAGACCUUCCCCAGGCCAAGUCCUAACAGUCUGGAAGCUGAUGAUGUGAUGGUGGUGGAGUCCUCACCCCCGACGCGGCAUGUGCGCAUGAAGCUGCUACAGUUCCACGAGAACUAUCGCCCUGCCUACUACGGCACCUGGAACAAGACCAGCAAACAGCUCAACCCCAGGAACCCCUUCAAGAAGGACGAGGACCUGCUGGACUAUGAGUUUGACAGUGAUGAUGAGUGGGAGGAGGAGGAACCAGGAGAAAGCAUCUCCCACUCUGAGGGAGAGAAGGAUGACAGUGAUGAGGAUGCAGACUCAGACUUGGAGGACUUCUUCGUGCCCCAUGGUCAUCUGUCCGAGGACGAAGGGUGUGAGGAUGAAGAUGAGCCAUCUAGCCCCAGUGCCCGUAAGGCUAAGGAGCUGGCCAGGCAGAGAGCAUUUGAAGCUGACAGGAAGAAACAGAUGAAGUACAUGAAGGCUGUUGUGAUUGGCUGUCUGUGGUCAUGUGAUAUCACAGAGGACAACCAAUCAGACAUCAGGAGGACUCUAGAAGAGUACAAGGUGUGUGCUUUUGCCACCAUGCCCAUACAUGUAGCAGGACCAGAGGAGAGCAUAGCGGCUGUGGACAAAACCCCCAAACAGAAAGUGAGGACUGCACAAACAACAACAAACAAACAACCUGUCCCUGAAGAAGCCUUCCCAGAUCUGAUUCGUUUGAUGCACGGAAACCCGAAGGGGAUCAAGUCCCUAGUGCGAGAGUUCCGCGAGUUCUGGUACCUCAAACAGAAGGGAGAGAACAAGGAUGAGUCUGGAAACAAGGUUGACAACAAGGAACAGAAGAGCGCAGAAGUUGCCAUGGAAACAUCGGAAAUUGUGCCAUCAGGGCCUGAUGUUGAGAUGAAGGAAGCUGACAGUGCGAGCAACCAGAGUGCUAGCAAUGAAAGCAGCAGCAGGGCAGCAGGACCAGAUGUCACAGAAGCAGCCGCACCCUCCCCCACUGCUGAUCCCUCCCCUGCAGCCGCCCCCCAGCAGCACAAGUACAGCAUCUCCAAACGGCAGCUGGAGAUGACCAUGAUGUCCAUCGCCGUCCGGGAGAAGCGAGCCGACUAUCACAAGACCUGUUGGUACGUGCACCAGGAGGUCCAGACCAAGCACAACAUCACUGACCUCCCCAUCCCCAACAAGUGGACCUACGUCACCAAGCAGAAGUCUGACAGUCCCAAGUCCCGGGGGGCAACUCCUGGUUCUGCUGGAGCCAAGAAGGACACCCCUGCUAAGGACGAGCGGCCAGUAACACCAUCAGUGCCUGGUGCCAACAUCAGGCAGUUUGUCCAGCCCAUGUCACCAGCAGCGCUCUUCAAAAGCCCACAACAGAAGGAACAGGAGAAGCAGGCGACACCCACCACCUCACCUGGGCCAGCCGGCAUCCUCAAUUUCUUCAAGAAGGCAGGCAAGGCCAAGGAAUCAGGGAAGGAAGAUGCAGGGUACCACGCUGAUUCUGAAGACGACGACUGCAUGAUCGUUGAGGAGGCAAGCACACCGCCACCAAAGUCAGUAUCCAGCCAGUCCACAGGUGCAGCCUCCAGUUCAGGUAACAACUCCUGUCUUCCCAAGGAAGCCUCUGAGAAAGCUGGGGACACCGAGGUCCUGCAAGUCAGGGAUGGGACAUCACAAGAUGUCAGCUUUGUCAAAACACAGACCUCUUCAGGGCAGGAGGCAAUGGAAGUCACUCUACACUAGCAAAUCUCCCUCCAUCUGGAACUCUGCACCAAACUUAUCUGUCAGAUCCUUCAAUAUAUAGCUAAGGGCAUUUGAUGCUGACUCGUAGUAAAUGUGUGCAAAAAAUUAAACUUGUAGACUUAAGAGUAUGAUUAUUAAAAAGAGUAUGGUUUGUAGUAGUGAUUGUGAUGUGCUACAUGUAGUUAUAGUCCUUUCAUGGUGCAAACCCUGCAUUCAGAUGUUCAUGUAGGAGCAAUGCAAUAUACAUGUGUUGGUGCUGUCCUGUUUUGUACAGUAAACAAUAUAACUUCAUGCUGGGGAUAACUGUUGACUCAAGCCAAUCCAAGCAGUCCAUCCUCUAUAACCUAAAGUAUGCUUCUUUUUUUUUUUAGUGUGCAUGACAAGGCUUAACAAGUUCACCUGACAUAGUUGUGAAGAUGUACAUAGAUAAUACUGAGAAUUAACAGAGAUAGUAAAGCUUUCUAACCAUCAAAUAUAUUAGAUUGAGCCUGUACAUUAUGCAAAAAGAUACCACACUACUUAUCAGCUUCUCAGGAUAUUGAAAUCUAGUAUGUGAUA